AUGCUCGCUCGGGCUGCUGAACGUAAUCCUUCUGUCUUCUUACCGACUGGGCCAAAGUGCAACGUAAAUGAGGUCAUCCCAAAACUCCUUUCCAUUUCUCAGUAUACCAAGAAUCCAUGGGGUAACACCAAAUUCCUUUUGACGCAAUUCAAGCCAUCUUCACCACCUAUUUCCAGCAUGUCCAAGAAAGAGCGUCAGCAAGUAUCCGAGGUGGUAAUCAAAAGCAAAAGCAUUGAGCAGGCAGCUGAAGGUCUCGGUGUUGUCUUGGAAGAUGGGAAAACGCUCAUUUGCGAAGUAGGUCAGUUAUUGACAGACCGUAUCAAGGGAAACACUAGCAUAUGGGAAGAAAGACAGGAGGCGGAAGAGAAGGGUGAAGUCAUGGAUGAGCCAAUAGAGGGGGGAAAGGCAAGUGAGGUGGACGGCUUCGAGGUCGGAGUGGGAGAAGCCCAGUCGUCUGACAUAUAG